AUGCCUCAAUUGAAUCCCUAGAUAGAUCAAAGACAAUCAAGUUGUAAUAAUCACUCGAUUAAUCAGAGGUUCGUCGAUAAAUUGAUACAAUCUAUAACAGAACAGUUUCCUUCUUGCACUAGAAGAGCGAAUCUCCAACCAAAGAUCAAUUUGUAGGAGAUGUUUAUGAUCUCAAUUAAUUGGAAGGGGGAAUCGAAAAAGAGAUUGAUAGAUACAAUAAACAUAAAAAAUAAAAAAUAGUAAAUUAUUAAAACCUAUAGCUCAACAUAGAGAGAGGCACAGCUCAAGUUGCAAGAAGAUGCAAAAAGGUUAUAAUUGAUAGACAAGUGGAAAUAAAAGGACUCACAAAUUUUAGAUUAGAUUUUAAAGAGACAAUAUGCAUUUAAAUAAAAGAUGAAGGCUUCAAGCAGUGGAAGAAAAACUCCCUUGCAAAAAAUACCGUAAUUUACAGAUCCAAAAUCAUUCAAAAGGGAUAGUGAAACUAAAAUUGACAAAGGAGAUACGUCAUUGUAAAAAACCAUGUACAGAACUAGAAUUGAUGAUUCUAAGAUUAAAUAAAGAAGAGAGAUGGUCAUUUAAAGAAAGGAAGUACUCAACAAACUUGAAGAUUUGGAGUUAUAAAAAGACCUUGAGAAGUUGUAAAUGAAAUUAACUUAAAGCGAAAAAUUAUCUAAAUAGUAAGCACAAAUCAAAGUUGAAAGAAUCAAGGAGUAAUAUUUUAGAGAAUAAUAAUUAAUUUAAUAAUAAAAGGAAAUUAAUGUUGUUUAAUCUCAAGAACAUUUGAGUGCUAUGAUUAGUAAAAUGAUCAAUAAAGAGCAAGAAUUUAGAGGAUUACUAUAAUCUUAAUUGAUGUCAGAAUUAGAAAAAAAACAAUUAUAAAAAGAAAAAUAGUAGAAAAUUAAGUAGAAUCAAAAUGAUCUAUUUAAGGAUCAGGACAAAAAAUUAAAAUAAUUAAAUGAUAAAUUUAGUAAAAUUGAAGAACAAAACAAAUUAAGAAAAUAAGAAUUAGACCAUAAAAUACUUUUAAAAUAGGAAUUAAGAAAGCUAAAAGAAUAGGAUAAAUUAGACAAUUAUGAGAGGUAGAAAAGACAAAAUGAUUAUAAAAUGAUGACUCUUUAUAUGAAAUCCAAAUUUAUUGAAGAAAAAAAUCAACUAAAAUAAUAUCAAAAUGAAGUCAUUUAAAAAACUUCUAUGGAAAUAAACAAGUAGGAAAUAUAAGAAAGAUAAAGAAUAUAUUCACAACUUUAGGAAUUGAGCGAUAAUUUAUUGAACUAUAAAAGUGUUUCAUAACAUGAAUCGAGAUAGAAACAAGACCAAGCAAAAUUCAAAAGUGUCAAAUUACUUAAGAAGUUUGCUAAAUUAGAAGAUCCCAACAUUGAGCAGCAUACUUAAGUACUCUUAACAAUGCUUUAACCUAAACCUGUAGAAACUAAUAAUUCUAAUAGAAAAUUAAGUGUUCACAAAAAAUGA